AUGCCAAAUUCUCUUACCCGGAAAGCUGGACUGAAGCUCGGUCCCAUCGUCUUAGAAACUCUGGUUAAGCACUACUUUGACAGAAUCAGAAAGGAGAGUGUGCAUGGCGGAAAGGCUGUAACUCAGUUGCGACAGGACGAGCUCUUGUAUGACGAGGCUUUCAACAUUGUAAAGAAAUUUCUUGACGCUGCAUCGUAUGGUAGUCACACCGUAGAAGAAGUGCAGGCUUUUUCCAACACCCGAACACCUUCACCUCCCUGGGUUCAUUCUGUCAGACUACUUGUCCCAAUCUCUUGCUGUGACGAAGCUGCAGCUUAUCUUAUCAAAGCACUCGGUGGAGAUGAUAUUGCUAAACGAAUUGUAGGUGUUGUCGCUGUCAGUGUUGAUGCAGAAUGGAUCACUGCUCGAAAGGACUGGCGAGAAGCAAAAAAACGAACUAAAGCCUACGAAAAACAAAAGAAAUCUUCCACCGAUCCUUCUCCCAAGGGUAAAAGUGAUACCGACUUAGAAGGGGAGGAGCCAUCAAACGGAACUGACACAUAUAACGAGGAAAUGGAUGAGAUGCGUUGUAUACUGUAUGCUCACGGAGGUGGAUACUAUUUUGGUAGCAUUGAUCAAGAGAGAUACAGUAUCCAGCGUCAUGCAAGAAAGAUCAAUGGCCGUUAUCCUUUCCCUUGUGCGAUUCAAGAUCUUCUAGCCGCGUACCUUUUCCUGAUCAGGCCCCCGCCUGAUGCAUCACAUCGACCAGUGAAACCAGCUCAUAUCGUCGUUGCAGGAGAUUCUGCCGGUGGCGGGCUCACUCUCGCUCUACUACAAGUCAUUCGUGACACGGGGCUUCCGAUGCCCGCUGGAGGUGUUCUCGUUUCCCCGUGUAUUCACACCAAUACUGCCACGGAUGUCAUUCCCGUAUAUGGACUUUCAAUGCAAAAACCUAGCCCCCUGUGGCCUCCACCGUCUGAUGAACUGACUAGUCGCGUUCAUGCAAGACUGCGAAGUCGUAUUCGUCAGAUGGUUCGAUUGGACCUCGGUGGCAAAGACAUGGGUAUCGAUUCACAGAGUGACAUUGCAUCUCAAUGGAAAGCAGGCUCAAAGUUUAGCCUUUCAGAAGAUAGAGAGAAGUCAGGACCUUCAGAUAUGCCAGUUGACAUAGGGGCUACGGCUUCUCUCCCCCCUGCUGAUUCAACAGCGAAUCAAACUAUACGUUUAGUCACGAAGUCCGGUGAGACUUUGACCAUAGACCAGCAAAUACACUUGUAUGCCCAAAAUGGGUUGAUAGGGCAUCCCCUCGUCAGUUCUGCCCUUUCCUACCUCGGAGGACUGCCUCCUUUGCUCUUUAUUGCCAGUGACAAGGAGGUCCUUAGGGACGAAAUCAUUUAUACGGCACAUAAAGCAGCAAAUCCAUCUAAGUUUCCCCUGAGUAACAAUGCUCGGGAGCUAUGUCCUACUCUUGUUGGAAUUGAGGGCCGUUAUGGGCCAACAUCUGUUCACUUGCAGGUCUACGAUGAUACUGCUCACGUUUUGCCGGUUCUAUUUUCUUUCACUACUCCCGGGAAAUUUUGUUACCGAGCGAUCGCAACGUUUUGCAAGCAUGUCACAGGAAUGACUGCUGGGCCUCAAAGUCCUGGAGGACUGAACGGGAUGCAGUUUUUAAAUAUGACGCCAUCCCAGGUUAUGCAGAAUAAUUCCCAAGAGGCAAGCCCUGGCGAGAAAUCUUCUAGCAAAUUUUUGUCCCGUGCUCUCUCGAUGUCAGACCUUGCCAAUCGCGUACAGCGAGGUCGGAAUGUGCGACAGAACACGGUUGAUUCUGUCAUGCUUCCUCGCCCCAAGAGCUCCUUGAAGAGGUCAAUGUCUCGCGCAGCUUCCGUCUUCCGUGGGAAUCCAACACGCACAUCAUCUCCAGCUUUCGGAGCAUCCCCACUGAGCACUCCCGCAUUAGAGGUUCCUCCCAUAGACAGUUCCGAGCCCGACGGUCCGCGGGGCCGCAGUGUGUCCUCCUCCGGUGCCAAUGAACCCCAGUAUGCUGGUGAAGCAACUGUGUACCAUGAUGCUGACGGUGUUCCAUCAUGGAAAGAAGGAAUGAUUCGUGAGCGCGUUUCUACGCGGGGCGUCAUUCGACCUCUGGAGGCCGAAAAUGAACUGGAUGCAUUUCAUGUUCCUCCGGAUAUCAUCGGAGUUCUAUCGGAACUGGCCGUGCGACGCUACAUUGAAGGCAAGACUAAAUUUGACAAAAAGUUCGCGGGCGCGAUGAAUACUAUAGAAAAACAACGUUCACGCAACCUCGAGCUUGCCAAGAAGGACAUAUACAGGAACAUGAGUCAGCUGCAAGGUUCACUAACACUGCCCGAGAGUAAGGACGAUGGGAAGGAGAAACGUAAGCCCGGGAACAAGGGCAUCAAGGAAGGAUUGAAAGCUGCUUCGGGGAGCUGGAGUUGGGCGUGGGCACUUGACGCAGACGAAAGGCCGCCCCCAAGCAGCAUCGUCUCGAGGCGAGAUACGGAGGAAGCUCGUCGUUUGGCUCGCAUUGCGGACCAGGCGGUCUUACAGGAGGAUAGCCAGUUAAGCGCGAACAAUCUUUGGUCACUCGUUGUCAAUUUUUUGUCUGUGACACCGGAUAAAAGCAAGCACUCGUCGCGAGAAAAUGCGGUACCGAGCUCACCUGUUAUGGAGGAACAAGAACUAGUAAAUAACCCACUUCGUUCGGAUUCGGAGAAUGCAGGAGGACCAUCUCUAAAGCUAUGACGGGUUUGUUCCCGCGACGUUAACUAUUAUAGAACAUAUUUACUUGUCGUAUGUAUCACCCUCCCCUAUUUUCAAGUAGCAUUAUGAAGUCAUAUAGCGAGCACUAAUUACCCUACGAGGACCUGGAAAAAAAGAGACCUGAGGCAUAUUUUGUACAUACACCAGCGUGGUGGCGUUGUCACCCGCGGGUAUGACUAUGACCACCACGAUGCAUAAUAGCACAGUACACUACUUUCAGGCUCCUCACGAACUGAUAAUAGCAAGAUAACCUCACACUCUACAGAAAAUACAAUCGUGGAGGCUCGGAAAUAUAUCUGCAGGUUGUCGGUGAGACAUUUUCACUUGACAGUUUGAUUGACCAGCCGAAAACAAGGGAUUGUCAAUUUCUGCAUCUAUCACGAUCGCCAUAUCCAAGUUCUGUUUACCUCGAACCUGGAUAUGCCAAUAAUGAAUCGGCUCUUUACCCGGAUCAACGUUGUGGAGCUUGCGCACAAGGACUCUCUUCUCAUAUGUUCUCAUCCACUCUCUGUCGGCAUAACAAGGUUCAGACAUGUGACAAACUGCAGGCACUGUGGCCGACCUAACUACAGAAGAGCCGGUAAUAGCUAUGAGAAAGGUGCAAAUAUACUUGGUUUCCAAUUUUGAUUGUCGUGAACUUGUAUAAAAGUCAGCGUACAACGACAUGCUUUCCUCAGCUUAGGUUCAAUAAUCACAGCUACUACUCAAAUCUCAAAAGAUGUUCCUCUCACUCGCAUUCGUCUCUGGUCUCAUCGCCCUUGCCAAGGGUCAGACAACUCUUUCCGGUCAAUACGACUGUGUGACUCAGGGUGACUACACUCUCUGCAACAACCAGUGGGGUAUCGCUGACGGGACUGGUUCCCAAAACGCCACCCUCAUCAGCACCUCCGGCAACGACAUCUCCUGGUCCACCACCUGGGCAUGGGCUGACAACGAGAACGAUGUCAAGACCUACACCAAUGCCGCGUCCACCACUGCCAAGGGCAUGUUGCUCAGUGACAUCGCUACGGCUCCCACGGCCUGGGACUGGGACUACGUGACCCAGUCUAGUGACAUUCGUGCUGAUGUUUCCUAUGAUAUCUGGAUCGGUACCACCGCUGAUGGUGCUCAGGCUUCCGCUGACUCGUCCUACGAAAUCAUGAUCUGGCUCUCUGGUCUCGGUGGUAUUCAACCCGUCGGCUCUCUCGCCACCUCUGAUGUCUCGCUUGCUGGUUACACCUGGAACAUCUGGACGGGUCCCAACUCCAACUGGGAGACCAUCUCGUUCGUCAGCCAGGAUGGAAACAUUAACGACUUCGAUGUCGACCUCAACGACUUCUUCACCUACCUCAUUGACAACGAGGGUGUUUCCUCUUCUCUCUACCUCCAAUC